GAGAGAAAGAGAGGAAAAGACGGAGAUGAUGGGGAUGUAGCAUCAUCGAGCACGCAUCAUCGUCAAAAGUAAGUCAAGUUCUCAACGAGUUAACACAAGGCAGGGCUAGUGCUGUCCAACGGCUGGUUGAUUAUAGAGGAAGACCACUAAUCAAAACCAUGGCCUCCGUACUGCUUUAUCCGAUCGCAUACGGACUGGAACUGUUUUUGGCGUCGGCACUGAGUACUCAGAUCGCUGUCUCCCUCGCAGCCGUGCUCGUGUCGACGGCCGCUGUCAUCUACUGCCAGAGAACCGUCGCUUUAUGGUGGUCGUUGACGUCGACAACAACCCAGACAAGAACCAACAUCAUUCGACCUCAUGCUGUAGUGAACGUAACGGAAGAAAUAUACGAGCCCGAAGCUGACCCACCACGUGACAGGGGAGGGGGUCAAUCAGCACCUGACCAGGACCCCCCAAUUAAAGAAAAAGAGAAAGAAACAAUAAAAGAGGAUUUGAUAUCGGCGGCGACCACGCCCAUCUCUACUGUGGCCGCCACGAGGCGAAAACUUAGUGACGAUUCGGAGGGCAGUACGGAGGGGAGUCUUAACGGGGAGGAAGGGAGUGAAACGAGAAGGAGAAGAAAAUCAAGUUCUGGAAGCAGCAAGGAGGGUCAACCAGAGCAAAGCUGGCUUAAUAGACAGCCAGCUUAUAUGCACCGUUCACAUUGGGUAGCUAAACCAGCACAGCCCAGGAACAACCCCCUCCUCUAUAAACCAUCCUUACUACGCCGAGCCAGCGCAGACAAUAAUGGCCACCAUCAUCCUCGCGUUGUCGACUUCGCCACAACCGCGGAGAUCACGCGCAGAAGAGUGGAUGAAGAUGAUAUCCACGAUGGGGGCGAAAGGGGAAGGGAGAAACCUCGGAAGCCUACCCUGGAUCGAAGGUCAUCGUUUCCUUCUUCUUUGCCCUCAUCCUCGGCCACCUCUCUCUUGCAGUCUCCAAGGAUGCAGGCCUCGUCAUCACUGGUUACCACCUUGUUGACGUCAUCAUCUACGUCAUCUCCCACAUCCACGCCAUCUUGCUCGGUCGCUACCCGCCAAUCGUCGUCUUCGUCAGACGAUCACGGCUCAGACACAGCUGAAGUUAUCGUCAAACCUGUCCUCUCUGGCGGAGAAACGGAAACGGAAGGUCCUUCCGCACCUCAGAAGACACCCUCUCGAGAUUCAUCCACAGAGAAGAAACACUUACCCAGCUCAAGGAGUCUGAGUAGUCCAUUGCCAUCGAUCACGGUAAUGGCCCCAGCGACCAUUCAUGAGGAAAGUGAAGCAACAGAAUCUACAAUCAAAAUACCAACCUCUGAAAAUCCUGGAAUAGUGGUGCCUAAGCUAUCAUUUACGACAGAGUUAACUCCGACACCUCUGGCAGAUGUUGAUGUGAGAAUCCUCGAAAGCAGGGAUCCUGGUCGUAACAAAGACGGUGAAAAAGAGCAGUCACCAUCACUUCCAAAGAAACGCAUCGCAUUGCCAAUCAUCUGCAUUGAGAGUGAAUCGGACAAAAGUGACAGCGACACUCCGGCUAACACAAGCGGAGAGAGUUCUCCUCCUGUAAACAGAUCAAACGAUCUCUUCGUUAAGUUCUCAGUGAGGCCAGCUUUUGAAAGGCCACCACCGAGUAGGAGAGUUUCAGCUGAUUCAGCCAGUUCAGGGCCAGUGCGUCCAUCGGGGGUGAUACGUAAAGACAGCCUCGGUAUACCAUCGGUUGUGAAAGGGGAGAUUGCUUACCCUGGCGUCCAACGGAAAAUGCCGACACGAAGGCAGUCUGAACCAUUGACAAUUACUGUACAGCCACCUGCUAUUUGUGAGACAAAACAAGAAAAGGACCAAACAAUCUCACAGGAGGUUAUUAGACCAAUUCCACAAAGGGCUGAUAGUCUUGGAGUUCCCCAAGUCUUCACGGGUGAAGUAUCUUUUCCAAUGAAACAACCUCAGACUGGACCGCCAGGCAAUAUGCCACCUGCAACUGUCAACCCAAAGAAACCACCAGGUGCCAGGAGGAAAGAAAGCCUCGAGGUACCAACCAUUGCAACUGAUGAAGCGUCCUUUCCCCCAAUGACAAAGACUGUAAUGGGACCACCUCUGGAAAGACCAAUCAAGCGCCAUCGGCCACUUAGUUUGAAUAUUCCAUCGCUUUCGGCCACAUCUCCAGGAGAAUGCUCAGAAGACAGACCUCCGUUUUCUGCUCCAGCUGCCAAGAGAAAACAUACAUCUAUCCUGAAACGUGGAAACAGUCAUGAAAAACCCGGUCCCAAAAAAUCUGUUACAUUCUCGCCGACAGUAUCUCCACAGGAGAUCCAACCUGAAUUUAAUUUCGAUCGCGAAUCUGAUGGAGCUAUUUACACUGUUCCAAAGCGACCCAAAAUGUUCCGCCAUUACAGCAUUGACUCAUCCGAUAUGUCUUUAAGACAAGAGAGAUAUCGUGCCGCUGGUAGACAAACCGCUCAAUGUAGAGAAGCUGGUAUACUCUUUUCAGAUGAUCAACCAAAUAUCUCUGGUGUGAACAGGACUAGUAGUGAUUUCAGCCUUUCUGAUUUUGACAUGAACAUGUCUCAUUCAGUAACAGAAGGAAGUAAGGAUGUUGACAUGGAAACACAUACAUCGGACAUGGAAGAAAGUGAUGAUGUUUUUGAGGAUUCCAAAGCGCUCGAAAUCAGCAAUGCAAAGGCUCGAUUCCUCGCCGCUGGUGGCGCUCGCGCUGUUAUGUCCGUUUUAUGCACACAAGACUCAAGCGAUUCCAAUGGUCAGGGGUCAAAGUAUUCCAGUGUUGACCUCCUUGAAGCAGAGGCCAAGACCGACUCAUCACCGUCAGAUGAAUCGCCUCAAUCAACUUCAGACACAACGUCAACGACAGAUACCCUUUUCAAGGAACCAGAGACCACUACGAUCAAGAUUGUUCCUGAAACCGAAUCGACAAGAACAAUCACUACACUCUCCUCACCUGAUAAAGACAAAUCUGAUAUUGGUCCUAAGCGUUUCAUAUCAAGCGAGGACCUUGACAUCCGUGCUUCACUUCUCUUCGUGGAGACCGUUCGGAGUUCUGUGGAAUCUGAUCUUUCGGAAGGGCGACAAAGUCAUUCAUCUGAAGAAAGUGAGAAUUCUGCGAGCGAAGACGUCGUACGCCUUCCCGCAGCCGACUCCAAUAGUGCCAAGAGUCGGUUCUUCCAGUCUUGUCAAGAGACCAACGUCACGCCAAGGCACCAUCGUCACCAUGGAGAAGAUACCUGGAACACUCCGACAAUACCAGAAUUACCUGAACCAUUGGAACUUGAUUCGCAGGAUGAAGAAUCAACUUCAGCUGCUCGUGAUGCUGAUAUCGACGACUCAACAUCGACAUCGAGUUCACCAUCGUAUAGCAGUAGUUGGUAUGGUUUUCUGGAGCUUGACCCUUCGCGACCAUCUCUCGCCAACCUUGAUGUGGAGAUCAUCGAAAGUACCGACAACGACCUUUCAGCUCCUCUUCGAGCGGAUGACGACACGGGUGACGAGGUCGAGGAUGACUGCGGGAGACGAGAAAAUCAGGAUAGUGUCACGUUAACUGGGGUAGAGGAUGGUGGGAGGUCUAGAAGAGGAGAGGGGGAAGAAGGGAUAGCAGUGGUAAGAAGGACGGAGGAUAAAGAUGAUGAGGUGAAGGACGCGUGCCCAGAGAGGGCUCCUAUUGCCUCGAUGGGGGUUCCUCUUACCGAAGCAGGGGCACCAGCAGAGGAACCCAGGAGUGUCGGGUCCAGUAAGGACGAUGCCUUGCGUCAUCAAUGGCCACUAGCCGUUUCACCAGCUUCGUCUCCUGGUCAAUCUCGACAUCGUCGUCACUUCAAUACCCCAAUCAUCAUCGAUAACGGAACAUCGAUGGUCAGAGCGGGACUCGCUGAUGGCGUGGCGCCCUCUGUCACCAUCCCGACAGUGGUUGGCCGACUGAAGAAGGACCUUGAAAGCUUUCGACAUCGUAAAGAUCUUUACGUGGGUAAUGAACUCACCAAAAAGUAUGGACUGGUCUGUGUAAACAACCCCAUGAAAGGAGGGUUAAUCGAUAACUGGUCCGAGUUGGAAUAUAUCUGGGACCACGUGAUCAAGAAGGAGCUAAAUGUCACGUGGGAAGAUCAUCCAAUUCUGCUGACAGAGGUGGCAUCGGCACCAAAACGACAGAGGGAAAGGGUUCUUGAGGUAUUAUUUGAGACGUACAAGACUCCAGCUUGCUUUGUGGCUAACCAAGGUGCUUUAGCCUUACAUGCCAAUGGUGAAACCUCUGGACUGGUCUUGAGCAGUGGAAGUGGGGUAACAGAGAUUGUACCGGUAUACCAGGGGUGUACCAUGUCUCAUGCAGUUACCACGAUGCCAGCAGCGGGCCGAGGGGUCACUAGAAGGCUUCAGCGAAUCUUGAUGGAUGAAAGAGCUUUCUCUGUUUCUACGCCGUUUGACCACCGCAUCCUACAAGAAAUGAAAGAAAACAUGGCGUAUGUCUGCAAAGAUUAUGAGAGUGAGAUGUCACAAUCAGAUUUGACUACACCGAUCAAGUACUCUUUACCUGACGGUUCAUCAGUCAUGCUCCGGAAGCGAGAUCUCUUCCAUUGUUCGGAAACCAUUUUCAGACCAGACAUAGUUGGACUACCUCAGAAGGGACUGGUUCAAGUCCUCAGUGACUGCCUUGAAAAGUGCAACCCAGAGUUCCUUGCUGGUCUGGAUCCUACAAUCCUGUUAGCAGGCGGUAAUACCAAACUCCGUGGAUUCACCGAACGACUCCAACACGAACUAGACAAAGGUGACUUCAACCGGACCGCCAUUGCCCCCGACAACCGCGACAUCACCACCUGGAUCGGUGGUGCCAUCUUGGCCUCGCACUCGAGCUUCGCUGACAGGCUGAUCACAAGUGAAGACUUCGAAGAGGUCGGGACCAGUUUAGUCCACAAACAGACUAUCUGAAGUCGAGGACUCUGUCUAAGGUGUCGAGUGUAGACAAUUAAAUGGAAGAUAAAGUGACCGUGAUGGUCGUAGCAUCAGCUGACGCCAUCAUCAGUCUAGUAUCCAGGAAGGGGAUAGGCUAUAGCCUUGCUUGUACAGGCGGGUAGAUACGUUCGGGAACGACAAUCUCCCUUCCUGAAGUUCCUGUCGUUCGUUAAGGCAGGUAGCUUGAACCCCUUGUGCCGUUUUUCUUGACUAAACGUAUAUCUAUAUCCAACUUGGUAAAAGAAAACAAUUCGCUUGAAAUAUAGCAAACAUCUACUGAACAGUGGCGUAGCUACGGGGGGGGGGGGGGC